AAAAUGCGCAUGCGCGUCAGGAGACCGCGGUAGGCCCUGCUGUUUAUCCAACUCCAGUUCAACCCAGCGCAGAAAAACAAGGAGCAGGAAAAUCCCGAUGAACAGAGAAGAUCCCCGAAGGAAAUCAUCUCUUUUCUAGUCCAGUACCAUAGCGGCUCCAGACGAACCAUGUGAUUGUUAGAGCAUCCGAUGUAGCUGUCAUGUGGUACAUCCACAGUCCAGCACGGCGGAAUGCUCAGCUCAGCAAGGAGCCGUUGACAACGGCUGGCCUUUGACAAAGGAUCCUCCCAGUGACUCUUGUAACUACCCCCCUCCCCUAGGGGGGUCACAGACCUCUGCCAUCCCCACAGUGCCUCCACAUUGGGUGGACCUUCAUCCUACACCACACUCCUCAUCCUCCCGUGGAGUCUGCUAGACAGGAGGUUCAUUCACAAAUGUCUACCUCACGAUUAAAAGGCCCCUCUCCAUAACUGCGACCCUGAACAGGCUACAAAAUGACUUCCAGUAUAGGCGGGGAUGACGCCAGCAGUAUCUUUGAUGGGUUAAUGGAAGAAGAUGAAAAGGACAAAGCAAAACGAGUGUCCCGUAACAAGUCUGAGAAGAAGCGCAGAGACCAGUUCAAUGUCCUCAUCAAGGAGCUGGGUACCAUGCUGCCAGGCAACACCCGAAAGAUGGACAAGUCCACCAUCUUACAGAAGAGCAUCGACUUCCUACGCAAGCAUAAAGAAAUAGCUGCGCAGUCAGAGUCGAGUGAGAUCCGACAGGACUGGAAACCUCCUUUUCUUAGUAAUGAAGAGUUCACACAGCUGAUGCUGGAGGUCAGUGGCACUUGACACACUAAAGUACAGUAGUUUGCACAUCCUUUCACUAAGAAGUAUCCUGAAAGAAAGGAUGUCAGUCCAAGGAUAUCAGUAGCAACAUUCUGUACUGUUUUUGUAGUUAACUGAAGAAGGUUGACAACGAAACGUCUGUGAAUUUUUUUCCCUGCCUGCUGUGUAAGCAAGAAAACCCCCCCACCCUUUUUGGUUUAACGCACCAAGGACUAUUCAAGUUCAAGGUUGAGUGCAAUGGCAUUAGAUGGCUUCUUCCUAGCAAUUAUGACAGAUGGGAACAUAAUCUAUGUCUCAGAGAGUGUUACAUCUCUACUGGAACAUCUUCCUUCUGACCUGGUGGAUCAGAACCUGUUGAACUUCCUGCCCCUGGGGGAACAUUCAGACGUGUAUAAAGCCCUGUCAUCUCACAUACUGGAGGGAGAGACGCUAACGCCAGAGUAUCUCAAGACGAAAAACCAGUUAGAAUUCUGUUGCCACAUGCUCCGAGGGACGAUCGACCCUAAAGAGCCUCCUGUGUAUGAGUAUGUUAAGUUCAUCGGAAACUUCAAGUCCCUGAAUAAUGUGCCUAACUCAACUCGAAAUGGCUUGGAAGGGGUGAUCCAGCGGUCACUCCGGCCCGCUUUUGGGGACCGAGUCUGUUUCAUAGCAACUGUGAGAUUAGCCAAACCACAGUUUAUCAAGGAGAUGUGCACUGUUGAAGAACCCAAUGAAGAAUUCACCUCUAGACACAGCUUAGAAUGGAAGUUCCUCUUCUUGGACCACAGGGCUCCGCCCAUAAUAGGUUACCUGCCGUUUGAGGUUCUGGGUACAUCUGGAUAUGACUACUACCACAUAGAUGACCUGGAGACACUGGCCAAAUGCCACGAACACUUAAUGCAGUAUGGGAAGGGGAAAUCGUGCUACUACAGGUUUCUCACCAAAGGUCAACAGUGGAUCUGGCUCCAGACCCAUUAUUACAUCACCUACCACCAGUGGAACUCCAGGCCCGAGUUCAUCGUCUGCACGCACACUGUCGUCAGCUAUGCUGAGGUGAGGGCUGAACAGCGCAGAGAGCUGGGGAUUGUUGAGGAGUCACCGCCAGAGAUCUCUGCAGUAGAUAAGCAGUCUCAGGACUCUGGUUCUGAGUCUCAACACCAGCUCAACACCUCCAGUCUGAAGGAGGCCCUAGAGGGCUUUGACCGCAGCCGGACGCCCUCGGCCUCCUCACACAGCUCCCGCAAGUCCUCAUCCCACACUGCCAUCUCCAACCCAGCCUCACCUAAGCUUAAGACAGACAGGGGUACACCGGGAUGCCAGUCCGUCUCUGCUAUUGAGAUGACAUCACAGCGAAGAUCAUCCAUCAGCAGUCAGCAAUCGAUGAGCUCCCAGCACACCCAGAACACAGGGCAGAACAUGACCCCAUCCAUGGUUCCACAACAACAACCGCAGCAGCAGCAACAACAACAACUGCAACAGCAGCAACCACCACCUCAACAGCAGCAGCUUCAGAUCCGGCCCAGUGUUCAGUUUUCCACCCAGCUGGACGCAAUGCAGCACCUGAAGGAUCAGCUGGAGCAGAGGACCAGGAUGAUCGAGGCCAACAUCCAGAGGCAGCAGCAGGAGCUCAGGCAGAUCCAGGAAGAGCUCAACAAGGUGCAGGGCCAUGGCCUACAGAUGUUUCUCCAGCCGGGUACAAGUGGGCUGAGCCUGGGCUCUGUGCAGCUGGCACACGGGACCACCAUGCAGCCAGGGGGUGCUCUCACCAUGCAUGGCCAAGUGGUGUCUGCAGGCAGUCUGCAGGGCAGCACUCCACAGCAGCAUACGGUCCAACAACAACCCCAGCAGCAGUCCCAGCCCCAACAACAGAACCUGUUACGAGAAACUAGCUCUGUCCUCUCACAGUCUUCAGUGCGGUCGACUCACUCUCUGCCGCCCCAGCAGAGUGCCCUGCCGGCUUCCCUCUACAACACCAUGAUGAUCUCUCAGCCCAACCAGGCCAAUGUGGUCCAGAUCGCUACAAGCCUGGCCCAGAACAGCAGCAACAACACAGCUGCCAUGGCAAACUUUGCCCAGGACCGCUCGGGACAGAUCAGGUACACGAUGCCACCAACAGGGUUCCCUGCUGGCUCUCAGUUGCUGACUAAGCUGGUGACUGGGCCGAUGGCGUGUGGAGCGGUCAUGGUCCCUACAACCAUGUUCAUGGGCCAGGUGGUGACAGCAUUCACUCCUCAGCAGGGCCAGACUCAGACCAUCAGCAUUGCCCAGCAGCAACCUCAGCAGCAGGAGCAGCAGGCUCAGUCUCAGGCCGAAGCCACACAGCAAGGGCUGGCCCAGCAACAAACACAGUUCCUCCAGGGCCCUCGGCUGCUCCAUGGAAACCAGUCCACCCAGUUGAUCCUGCAAACGGCGUUCCCACUGCAGCAGCAAGGAGCCUUCGCCAGCACACAACACCAGCAGCAGCAGCAGCUACAACAGCAACAUCAGCAGCAGCAGCAACAACUCCAGCAGCAGCAACAACAACAGCAACAACAGCUCCAACAACAGCAGCAACAGGAGCAGCAGCUGGCCUCUCACAGGGCAGAUAGCAUGUCAGGCCGCUCCAGCACACAGCCCCAGUAACCUGGCAACGUCCGAUCAGACAUGUGGACUGAACCAAGUCUAUUUGUCUGUGUGAUGGGGUGAAAAGAUCGGUUGAGAAAGCAGUAUUGAGACUAUGCCUCUAAGACUACCCUGCUUCAACUUGGUCUGUAGAGUUUGUGAUGGAUGGAUCAAUAGAUGGAUCUCUGGCUGCCUGCACUGAACUCAUGAGCCACUGGCGCGUCAGAUAGAAAACAAUGCUGUGCUCACAGUGAGCACGGAGUCGCUCCGCUUCAUGGCCAUGCUUAGAACUCUUUCCCACAGAGACCUCCACUCUAUCGAGGUCCCCUCACCACUGUGACAGGGCCAGUGCUUGUCCCCUACCCUGCCCUCUUGUUGUGUGUUCAGUGUGUGCUCCCGUCGCCCUCACAGAUUUUAUUUAUGCAGGAUGAUCCAGUCUGGAGCUUCAAUCAAGGCUUCAAAGAAGUCCUACAGAGAGUAGACAGACGCCUCGUUUGUUUUCUGGUUUUCUCAUAUUGUUUUUCAUGUCAAAGUAAUUAUGGGUCAGAAAAUAUUUUUAAGAAUGUCAUGUGGAUUGAACUUUUAUUGUACAGAACAAAAAAUAAUAUGUAAAUAUAUGGAAAAAAAGAAAAAUAACUAAUAUUUUAUAUGAUGCAUGAAAUUAAAAGCAUAGUCUGUUAUUUGUAGCUUUGAAUAUACCUUUUUUUUCUAGUACUCUAUGAAAAAAAGAACUUAAACACGCUUAAUGGCUGAUCUUUUCACAGAUUUUCUUCUUCCCAGGGGCCGUGUGUCUUUUUGGGACCGUGGGUGUCUGUGUAGCUGAUGCUGCUGGUCAUGUCACAGUUUGUUUCAUCCUCUUCCUCACUUUCGUAGUUUUAAUAAAACUCCUCUAUUGAGAUUAAAAACAGAAAUGUUUUAAAGUUACAAUAUUUUUUUAGAAUAUAUAUUGUGGUCCAACGCGACAUGUUGAGGACUAAAUAGAUACAUGAUUUUACUCAGAACAAUAUUUUAAAUUGUAAAUAAAGCAAAGACCCAAAGUUGACCAAAAAUACUUUAAAUGUAUCCUAUGGAAAGCUUAUGAGCUCAUUAUUUUCUCUGCCAUCAUGCCUCAUAACAGUUGCCAUAGCUAUUCAUAAACAUGUUUUUACUUUUAAAAAGUCCUUAGUGUUUAUCUUUAGUUGAUUUAAAUAUGAGUGAGGCAUUAUGACUGUUUUAGUGUGGUCUCGUAACGCUCAUAGCGAUGCAUGCAAAGUACCUCUAGGUACAGACUAUACUAGUGCUUUACAAUACUGUACUUUUUUAGCCCUAAAGGCUUGUGUAGAAAAAUGAGUAUUCUCAUGUAAAUAUAUAUUCAAUUACGUUUUAAAUGGUCACAAAAAUGACCUUAAACUCAGAAAUGCAAUUCAAGCAGUGAUAUUUCUGCACAUUAUCCUAUUUCUGCCGUUAGAAAUCUAGUGUCUGUUCUAUGAAUGAAAUGCAUCCCCUUAUGUUCCUACUCUCUCCUGUCACUUGCAACUACAGCAUGUUUAUCUCCUAUUAAGCUUUUUAUGGGUUGGCAAUGUCAGAACAAACAAAUGAGUGAUAUCUCUCCUCUUUAGAACAUUAAAUGAUGGUGGAUCUCAUCAAAUAAGUGCUUGGACAGAAUGCCGCUAGCAAUUGUUGUGAUCUGAGUUCAUCUUCAUGUGUUAAUAAAGUGAGCUUGUCUGUUUUA